AUGGCGUUGAGCACCGAAAGAGCCUCUUCAUCGUCUGUUCCUAGAGCUAUUCAAAGGAAAUAUGAUGUCUUUUUGAGUUUUAGGGGUGAAGACACCCGCAAGCGUUUUACAGCCCAUUUAUAUGAGGAACUGAAAUAUUUAGGAAUUAGAACUUUCUUGGACAACCCUGAACUUGAAAUAGGAAAAUCGAUUCCUGCAGAACUGUCCUCAGCAAUUAAACAAUCAAGGUUAGCCAUCAUUGUGAUCUCUCCAAAUUAUGCUUCUUCAACAUGGUGCCUUGAUGAACUUCUAAAAAUUCUUCAGUGCAUGGAAGCAAGAGACGCUGUUCUGCCAAUUUUCUAUGAUUUGGAACCUUCUGAUGUUCGAAAACAAACGGGGAGCUUUGCGAAAGCCUUCAGAUACCAUAAAAAAAGGUUUGACACAAAUAAGCUGAAAGACUGGAAAGCGGCUUUAACAAAAGUCGCUAAUCUUAUAGGAUGGACUUCAAAGGAUAAGGAUGAACCACGACUCAUCAAAGAAAUUGUUCAAAAGGUACAAACCAAAAUACCUCCUGUAUUCUGGGAAUCAAAAAAGCUGGUUGGGAUUGAGCCAAGGUUGGAGCAACUAUAUGCGCUUUUAGAUAUUGACUCUGAUGAUGUUCACUUCAUAGGGCUUUGCGGAAUGGAUGGGAUUGGUAAGACAACCAUUGCUAAGAUAGCUCGCAAAACCCUUGGAGAUAAAUUUGAUGUGAGCAGAUUUUUCAGCGUUAAGAUGGUUUCUGAAAAACACGGCCUUGUCAAUUUACAAAGAAGACUUUGCAAAAGCCUUAUGAAGAGAAAUUCAGAAUACUGGGACAACAUUGAUGAGGAAGCCACCAUGAUAAACUUCUUAGUUCAAAAAAAGGUUCUUCUCAUUCUUGAUGACGUGGAUGACAUAAGUCAGUUAGAGAACUUGUGUGGAAACAGAGAUUGGUUUGGUCCGGGGAGCAGAAUCAUUAUUACAACUGCAAAUGAAAAAUUGCUAAUUACACAUGGUGUGGAAAUAUUUAAGGUGCCGGAGUUAGAUGCAAAUGAAGCUAUUCAACUUUUUAGCUCGAAAGCCUUCAAAAGAGAUUAUCCAGACAAAAAUUUUACAGCUUUAUCUCGAUGUUUUGUGAAUUAUGCCAAUGGCCUUCCGCUAGCUCUUGAAGUCUUGGGAUCAUAUUUGCAUAAAAGAGAUCUGCAUGAAUGGACAAGUGAAUGGACAAAACUGAAAGAUACCUGUUCGUUAAACAAUGACAGUAGCAGAAAGAUUAUGGAGGUACUUAAAAUAAGUUAUGAUAGAUUAGAUGAAGAGCAAAAAACUAUUUUCCUUGAUAUCGCAUGUUUCUUUAAAGGAAAGUGCAAACAUCAAGUACUGAAAAUAUUAAACAGUUGUGGCUUUCAAUCAGAUAUUGGCAUAAAGGUUCUUGUCGAGAAGUCUCUGAUAACAAUUUCUGAUAACAUGGUGUUGAUGCAUGAUUUGUUUCAAGUAAUGGGUCAGGCAAUUGUAGUUCAACAAUCUAAAGAACCUGGUGGGCGUAGUAGGUUGUGGCGUUCUAGGGACAUCUAUCCUGUUUUGAGGGAUAAUACGGGGACAAAAUCAGUUGAAGGAAUUGUCCUACCCUUUCCUGAAUCAGAAGAGGCAAAAUGCAAUCCUGAAGCAUUUUCCCAGAUGUCUGAUCUUAGAAUUCUCAAAAUUCAUAAUGUGCACCUUCCCAGAGGACUCAAAUAUCUUCCUGAUUCCUUGAGAUUUCUUGAAUGGAGAGGUUAUCCUGAAAAGGAUCUUCCACCAGAUUUUGAAGCCCAUGAGCUUGUUGAACUCAACAUGUGCCAUAGUAGCAUUAAACAACUUUGGAUUGGAGUAAAGACUUUUAGCAAGUUGAAAGUCAUCGAACUUAGUCAUUCACUAAAUUUGACAAGAACUCCGAAUUGCAUUGGGGUCCAAAAUCUUGGAAGAUUAGAUCUUGAGGGAUGUAAAAGUCUAGUUGAGAUUCACCCAUCCAUUGGAGCUCUCAAAAAGCUUACUUCCUUAAAUGUUAAAAACUGCACAAGUCUACGGAUUCUUCCAGCAAAGAUUGAAAUGGAACUUCUUGAAGCUUUUAUUCUUUCUGGCUGCUCAAGUCUUAAAAGGAUUUCGGAAUUUGUGAGCCCUAUGGAGAAUUUAAGGGAGAUUUUUUUAGACGGAACUGCUAUUGAAAGUAUACCAUCUUCAAUUGAAUGUCUGACUAGCCUUUCUUCUUUCGAUAUGAGAGGUUGCAAAUAUCUAAAUUGUCUUCCAAGUACCAUUGGCAAUUUGAAGUCUCUUAAAAGUUUAAAUGUAUCUAGGUGCCCAAAACUUGCCAAACUGCCAGAAAGCUUUGGGGAACUAGAGUCUUUGGAGGAGAUUGAUAUAAGUGAAACUUCUAUAAAGGAAUGGCCGUCUUCCAGUUUCGUUUUGAAGAACCUUAAAUCAUUAACUUUUCGUGGACGUAAAUCAGGACAACGAUGGUUUACGUCUCUCCGGUUUCUAUUAUGGCCAAUGAAGAGAUGCCAGCCCAUGAGUUUGUUCGUGCCUCCCCUAUCAGGGCUCUCUUCUCUAAUGCACUUAGAUCUAAGUGAUCGAAAUCUUUUGGAAGGAGAAAUGCCCAUGGAUAUUGACUGCUUAACCUCUUUAGUAUCAUUGAACUUAAGUGGAAAUCAUUUUAUUAUCCUUCCUGAACACAUUAGCAGACUUUCUAAACUUGAGAUUUUGUACUUAAGUGGUUGCAAGAAGCUGCAGCACCUUCCAGUCCUUGCCUCAGAUAUAAGCUUAGAAGUAACGGCAGAUGGCUGUACUUCACUGAAAAUGCUGCAAUGCCCUUCAAAUUUGGACAGAUUGAAGUGGUCCUGUUUUAAUUUCAUCAACUGCAUUGGAUUGAUUGACCAAGAAAGCUGCAAUGAUAUAGCAUUUGUGAUGCUCAAAAUGUACCUCAAGAGAGUUCCUUAUCCAGAAGAUAGAUACGAAAUUAUAAUUCCUGGAAGAAACAUUCCUUGGUGGUUCAUGUAUAAAAACUUGGGGAGUUCAGUAAGUGUAAAGCAACGUCCGCAGUGCCGUAAAAAUAAGUGGAUGGGAUAUGCUGUAUGCGCUGUUUUUGAGGUUUCAAGCAGUGGAUGGAACGUCACUUGUGACUUGAAAGUCAAUGGAAAAGAAAAGUACCCUGCGCCUUUAAUAGCAACCAAUGUCCAACCUGUAGGGGAACAUCUAUGGCUGUUCUAUGUGUCUCGUGAUAUCAGCUUCGACAGAGAGUGGCAAAACAGUUGCAAUCAGUUAACAUUUUCAUUCACAAAUUCAAGCUGCUGCUUUGUAAAGAAGUGCGGUGUCCGUUUGGUAUAUCAGAAAGACGUGGAAGAUUUCGACAAUGUAACGACUCAAUCCAGCAUUGACAUUUCUCCAUAUGAGGCUAUGGAUGAAAAAUCUGCAUCUGUGCACGGUGCCACUAUCAAGCGAAGUUAUAGUAGGGAAGGAUCUAGUAGAAGUGGUAGUAAUUUUGAUGAGGAAUCACAUAUUGAGAUUUGUUUCUCGUGGACUUUACAGAUUACAGGGGAUGUGGAAUCUGAUGCAAAUUAUCAGUUUUUGGAGCAGCUUGAUACGCUGUCUGAAAGGGACAUUGCAAUGCUGGCAACCGGAUAA